AUGAACUCCACUUGGUCCGCCUGUCUCUUCCUUGCUCUCCUGGCCGUCUCCGUGUGCGCCAUUGCCGAAAACGGUAAGUUUAUUGGCCCGGUAACGCUCCAGAAACGUUGGUUCUCCACAGAAAACAACUACCUGCAAGAGCUCGUCGACGCCGGAAUCUCGCAGGAAACCGCCGAGGGAAUCGUGGCGGUCGUCAGCCAGCACAAUCAGGACGGCGCCGAUCCGAACAAGACCGGACGUACGAUCUUCGAGCAGAUUCUUCAGGAGACUGACGAUUACGUCAAGACCCGUCCGGCUGCCGAUCAGACCGCCUACGCUGCGUUCGUCGCCGCCAAGAAGAGCGCGUUCGAGAAGCCCGACAGUGCCUAA